AUGUCAUCUUCAAACAUUCAUACGACAGUAAAUUCGACUUCGUCUUCAACUGUGACGAAGUCUGCUUUACCUAGUGUUUUCGAAUUACUUGCACAAGAACGUUUAACCGAUUUGAUACGUCCUUGUCUACGACAAAUUUUAAAAUUUCUUCAUGAAAUCCGUCCGCUCUCUAAAUUUCUUCGCAUCCUUUAUCAAUAUAAAGAUGAAUUUAUUCUCUUAAUCGAGAGCAUUGUUCAAUGGCUUUAUCUACAUCACUAUUCAGCACUGAUCGGUGAACAUUUCUAUGGUUUGAAGCGAACAGCAAAUCACCGUCUCCGUUCAUUGAUAUUCUCUGUGUUUCUACCAUAUGUACAAUCAAAACUCGAAUCAUUACAGGAACAGUUACGUGCAAAUAAUACUAAUAAUCCUGGUGCAACAUUUCGCAUUCUUUCACAACUCUUACCAAAAGUUCAAAUUUUCAUCGAAGGUGUUUGUUGGCUCUAUCGCAUAGGAUACGCUUUCGGUAAAAUAGAAUAUUAUAGUCCAGCACUUCAACUAGCCGGUGUGAAAUUAACUUAUUUGAAAGAGCCAUCUCCCGUCAUUCCGCCAUCAACUGCCACCGGUCGACUUUUUGCACUUAUCAGUCAAAUUAUGUCGAGUGGUUUAUUUCUAAUUCAAUUUGUCGAUUGGUGGAAUAAUACGAACAAUGCAAAACAGAAACCGGCAAGUACCAAUGUCAUUCCACCAUUGCCAAACACGAACUCAACUCGUCAAACGGUUGCUAAACGUCAGUGUCCUCUUUGCCGGCAACCAUGCAAUGUUCCGACCGCAGUUCUUGGCUCCGGUUAUGUCUACUGUUACACAUGUAUUAGCGAUUAUGUCAACCGUUAUCAUCGUUGUCCAACAACGCAGCAACCGGUAACAAGUGAACAGUUAAUUAAAAUUUAUUAA